UGAAAAUGACUCGCCGUGCUAGACGAGUGCUGCACACUGUAUAAUUUGAGUACUUACUUAAUCAAGAAUACCUUUUGAAAGAGAGAGAGACAGUGAGAAAUAAAAUGUCCUUAGGUUUCGUGGGCACCGGUGCCAUGGGGGUUCCCAUGGCGCGGAAUCUUUGGGUGCAUUUGCGUGUCGCGAAAGAGAUCUAUUUGCAUAAUCGGACGCGAGCGAAAGCAGAGGCGCUCGCAAAGGAGCUCGAAUUGCUUGCGCAGACUGAGAAGCGGCAUUUCAGCUUGCGCCGCGAUGUGGUUAUCUCAGUGGAAGAUGACUUGCAGGCACUGGUUGGUAAAUGCGGUCUGCUUGUUCUCAUGCUCCAUGGCGACGAGGCUACACUUGACACGUGCACGACCAUAACGCAAGCGUGGCAACACCUGGACCCGCGCGACAUGCUGUUACGACCAAAGCGCUUUGUUGCCGUGGUUCCGGGUCAAGAAAAGGGUCAAGGGGCGGAAGCUAAGACCAGAAGUGAUGGUGGCACGCAGGCGCAAGCGUCAGAACAGCAGACAGCAAUAAAUGGUACUCUUGCAGAUAUUUCGCUGAUCGACGAACAUGAUCAGCACAGAGGAAGCGGCGCCGGAUCUUCAUCGCCCAAACGAGAAGCCAACUCUCUGCCAUCGAGUUCGAAGUGUGGUGCUGAGAAGGCGACGAGUUCGAGUCCGGAACACCAGGCAUUAUCAAAAUCACCAAGACUCCCAGGUUCUAUUGCGGUUCAAGGUGAGCAGAAAAAGCCACCUCAGUUUUCAGCCUGCCGACUGUCUGGCAGCUUACUGGUUGUCAACUGUGGUACCGUGAGCCUCGAGGCUGCAAACGAAGCCGCAACACUGAUGUCGAAUUCACACGGCGAAAAAGGACUCGAGUUCGCCCACUGUUCUAUCACUGGACGUCCGGAGCAUGCUGCGAAGCGGAUGCUGUGUGCAUGGAUAUCUUCGUUCGAUGAACCAACAGCGGUGCGCGUGCGAGACGAGGUUGCGCCAGCCUUUGCGAGACUAGCGCGAAUAAUCUCACCGACAGACCCAACUGCGUCGGCAAAAUUCAAAAUCUGUACUGGUUUCGUUGUCUAUGGAUUGGGUGAGCUUUUUGCUGAGACGCUGACUCUUCUCGACGCAGCCGGAAUCGAGCGCGACCGCUUAUUGGAUUUCACGCAGGGCGGUAUUGAAAAAUACUGACUUUUUAGAGAUUUCCACUCUGCGUGAGAAUCACUACAACCAUUUCCCCUGCGGUAAUGGAUAGUCCAGUACCCGGACAGGCACAGUAUUCUUGUAUCCUCACCGCUUUAAUUGUCGCAACUAGUUGUAGAAGUGGUCGGCGCGGCGAUUCAAAAUCGCUCUUUGAUGACCACACACUUGCUCCAUAAGGUGUCCUUCCUGGUGCGAUCGCGGACACUUUUGCCACAAAACUGGUUCGCAAGGAUUUUCGAACUCAGCCUGUCGGUACAGACCUUUCUGAAGCGCUGCACGACAUUGACCUGAUGUUAUGCAGCCUUACCGAGAUAGGUGUGUAGUCAACUCGUAAAUUCAUUCUAGUUAUCACUCGAGCUACUCCUCCCUCGCGUUCUAUCGUGCGUAUUCGAAGACACUCUACUUAUAACAGAAUAAACGGACAUGAUUAUGAUGCAGUACAAAGAAUAUGAACCUCGAUCGUCUAAUGGGGAAGGGCAUCCGCAAAGCUGGACCUCCCGGUGGCGGCAUAAAACCUCGGUUGCCACUUUUAGAUGUAAUACAUGGGCACCUGGCGAAGCAAAGCGAAGCCUGUGCGAUGGACCGAAAUUCAACUGGACCAGUAGAGUGGUGCUCACUUCUAGAAAUUAUCGAACAAGAGCCCUAUAUCGCAGACAGGGGAGCGGAUGGAGUUUGAUGGAGACUUUCGCCGAUUAGCUCCAAGAACAACGGCACCUUUGCACAGAAAUAUGUCGACAGGGAUUCAAUUUCAACCUGCGCAUCAUCAUGCAGUUAGCUUGUUUAUGGACUUCCGAACAUGAUCGUGUGUGGACGUUAUACAGAAGCAAGGAAUGCACAGAUUAUACUUCUAACGAUACAGGAUGCGAUGCGUGCUGCUGCAGGAC